UUUUGGGAAUUCAAAGGGAAGCAGAAUUUUUAUUAUUGAACAAUUUAUAUAUCGAUCUUAAAAACAUUUAAUACACAUUACGUUUGAAAUGAGCUCUGUUAAAGAAUUGAAUGAAUCGAUUAAGUUGUAUGAAGAGCAGCUAGAUCAAGUGGAAAAAGCACUGACAACAGCAACUGAGCAAAGUGAGCGGGAGGAUUUGGCAAACCUAAAGAAUGAUAUUACCGAACUAUUAAGAUUAACUCGUGAAACGUUACAGCAUGAACAUGGACCAAUAGAAACGCCAGUUAAACAUAACAUAGAAGAUGAAUUUGCUCUGUUCAUGUCUGAGAUACAUGAACUUUCAGCAGGUGAAGAGUCCCCGAUAGGCGACGAGCCAAAGGCAAGCAAACCUGAUCUGUUCCAGGAUCUAGUUGGAAGUAAAUGUUCCGCACCUCACAUACAUCGGUGGGGAUCGGUAGCACACCACAAUGCACUGAUUUGCAGCUUAGACACUUCUGACGAAGAUAACGUCAUGGUCAAAGUGCUGUUCAUUAAUCCAACCCACCAAGAAAUGGUACCCUGCUCUUACUAUCUGGACGACAAAUGCAAAUUUGAAAAUGGUAAAUGUCGUUUCUCGCAUGGGGAGAAUGUACCGUUCAAUGAGUUGAAAGACUAUCGAGAACCCCGGUUUGAACUACUUCGGAAGAAGGGUGGUAGAGUUUUGGCCAAACAGAAAAAUCGAUUGUGGAGCAAAGGUACCAUAAGUAGUGCUGAUUUCCAAAAGAAAACAUGCAACAUACUAUUGGAAGAAAGUAAACGUGAGGUCGAGUUACCUUUCGAAGAUAUUCUACCGUUCGAUGACACUGAUGAGCCAAGCUUGGAGUCAGAGGAUGAUUCAUCCAGUAACGAGGCAGAUGAUGAUGUUUCUGUCUUUCAAAAUUUGGAAAUAAUUCAACGAAGUCUGCUUAAUCCUGUCCCAACGCAGCGCUUGGGGGAAUGGGAAAAACACACGAAAGGAAUCGGGUCCAAGAUAAUGAUGAAGAUGGGUUACGUUGUAGGUGCAGGGUUAGGAAGUAAAGGAGAGGGCAUUGUAGUACCUGUUAGUGCACAAGUAUUACCUCAGGGGAGAUCAUUAGAUUACUGUAUGCAACUCCGUGAACAAGCUAAAGGAGAUGGCGAUUUGUUUAGCGUCGAGAAGAAGCUUUUGCGACAAAAGAGAAUACAGGAAAAAAGAAAUACUAGUAAGUAUGCCAAAGGUAAACAAAGAAAAGACGUAUUCAGUUUCAUCAAUAGCGAAAUUUUGUGCAAUGGAGAAAAAUCAACAAGUCCGGGUGGUCAAAAACAAACUACACAAGACAAACUUGAUUUACCGAGUUGUUCUUCGAAAAACUUAAACAUUGCUAGUUUAAAGCUGUCGGAACACAGCCGCCGGUUGGAGACUGAUGUUCAAAAAUUAAAACACUCCUUAACACGCCACCAGCCUGGAUCACAAAUGCAUUCGUGUAUAAAGAAGCAAAUUGCAGAUAAACGCUCGGAAAUUUCACAAAUUCAGGCCACAGAACAUACAAUUAGUAGAGAACAACAACUACGCAACGAUAAGCGGAAAAUGACAGUAUUUUAAGAAGCUACACCAUUAAUCUAUGUAGACAUUAACACAUUA